AUGGAACCUGUGGAGGCCUAUCACGACUUGCCUGAGCACAUCGGCGAGACAAGCGUGCGAAGUCAGACUAUCUCCCAAGACAAGGUGGGGCCGCGCUCUUCGGGGCGCAGACAAUGGCGUCAGGCUCUUGAUGGCUGGAUUCCCUUAGUUUCACCUCACGGCGACAACGACAUCUUUUUGGAGGGUCUUCCGCGGCGCAAGUGUGGUCUCACAAGUCACCUUGGUUCGAAUCUCGGCACUAACCUACGAGGCUACAGUGGUCUAUUCCAGUUCGUGUCGCUCGCCUGCGGAAUUGUCAUUUCUUUCUUUCCGGACGAGUAUGAUCGGGCAGCCCGUACAUGGAUACACAGAGGCGAUCAAGAUCAUCAAUCGAUGGAUACUACUCAUUGGCCCACUGAUUUCUCGCGAGAAAUCAUUCCUGUAGGCUGCCACUCGCACAAUGACUACUGGCGUCGGGUGCCGCUAUACUCAGCCCUACGGGCAGGCUGUGUCAGUGUUGAGGCGGAUGUUUGGAUGUUCGAUGGUGAGCUGUAUGUGGGCCACAGUACCAGCGCCUUGACAUCGCAUCGAACGCUGCGGUCGAUGUAUAUUGAACCGCUGGUCGAAAUUCUCAAAAAACAGAAUCCUAUCACGGAGUUCCAGCCAAUUCCCAACCAGUCUCCGAAUGGUGUCUUCGACAUGGACCCAAGCCAGACACUGAUUCUUCUUAUUGACUUCAAGACCGAUGGCGCUGCUACAUGGCCCACUGUUGUUGAGAGUCUGGAGCCACUCCGUGAACUUGGCUACCUGACCUAUUUCAAUGGGGAAGAUAUUGUCCAGGGACCCAUCACUAUUGUCGGAACAGGCAAUACCCCUUUCAACCUGGUCACCAGAAACUCCACCUACCGCGACAUCUUCUUCGAUGCUCCGCUCGACAAGUUGGUCGAUGACAAAGACCUAGCAUCGGAUCAGUCUUUAUCCACCGUGAAACGAGCGACUACUCUCGGCCAGGGCAUGUCCGGCACACCUGAUGCCAUUAUUGCGAAUACGUUCAAUAGUACGAACAGCUUCUACGCUUCUGUUUCCUUGAAGCAAGCCAUUGGAAUCCCAUGGCCCUUCCAUUUCUCAGAGCGUCAGAUGGAUAUUAUUCGCAAUCAAAUUCGUGUUGCACACCACCAUGGCCUCAAGGUGCGGUACUGGGGGUUGCCUGGCUGGCCGCUUACUCUGCGCAACCAUGUUUGGAGAAUUCUUGUCCAGGAGGGUGUGGAUAUCCUGAAUGUGGACGACCUGGUCAGUGCGACCAAGGGAAAUUGGAGAAUGAAGGCUUUCGAUUGGUGGUUUUGA